UGACGGAGAAGGUGGAAAACGAGAAGGAGACGCGAACCUGCAGAUCGAGGCUGAGAAAGAGAAAGAGAUCAAGAUUAAUUCAUGAUAUGCAUAGUGCUGCGUGCGUGAAUCAACAGAGGAAUUUCUGUGAAUUGCUCCAACUGGCGGAUUAACUACAUCGAUCGAUGGUGUAAUAUAAUCAAUAUGGGAAUAGAUUUUUGAUAAUCGUAACAGAAAUCACUUCCAAAGACAGAGCAAUACGUAUCUCCCGUGGUUUUGAAUAUGAAAUGACCGGCCGGCUGCUAGAGAUCAUAUUAUGAUACUCUCGACUCUCGAGCUGCGAUGAUCUUGGGACUACUGGUCGCGGUUGGUUCAUGCACAUGGAAGUCAUCGUCUGAUCUUUGAUUCAAUAUCAUCAUAUUCCAUACCAUCCGCAAGAUAUAUACAUCUCUAUCUAUAGCUAUAAUUUCUGGUUCUUAUACAUUCCGCGCUUCGAAGAUGUUUAGCGGGAAUCCAUGGGGAGGAUCGCUGGAGAUAAGCAGUACGAGUAUCAAUGGAACCGCAGAAGACGACAACGAGAGAAGCAGCAACUACUAUGAUAAUGAUCAUCAUCAUCAUCACCGCGAUCUGGACGAGACGCAGCAGAGUUGGCUGUUGGGGCGUUCAGACGAGAAGAAGAAGAGCAGGUAUGUGGACUUGGGUUGCAUCGUUUGCAGCCGGAAGGCUCUGAAAUGGACGGUGGGGAUAGCGGCAGUGGCAUUCUUCGCCAUCGCCCUGCCAAUCAUCAUCGUCAAGUCCUUGCCCCACCACAAAGCCAGCCGUCCUCCGCCUGACACGUACUCUCUCUCCCUUCACAAAGCCCUUCGCUUCUUCAACGCCCAAAAAUCUGGAAAGUUGCCGAGCAACAAUGGGAUUCCAUGGAGAGGGAACUCUGGCUUGACAGAUGGCUCUGAUUUAACCGACGUGAAAGGGGGGUUGGUCGGAGGGUAUUACGAUGCCGGAGACAACACUAAGUUUCACUUUCCGAUGGCCUUCACCAUGACAAUGCUCAGUUGGAGCCUUAUAGAGUAUCCCCACAAAUACAAAGCCAUCGGCGAAUAUGACCACGCCCGAGACCUCAUCAAGUGGGGCACCGAUUACUUGCUCCUCACCUUCAACUCCUCCGCUUCCAAAAUCAACAAAAUUUACAGUCAGGUUGGGGGAUCUCAAAAUGGAUCUAGAACACCGGACGAUCACUACUGUUGGAUGAGACCGGAAGACAUGGACUAUCCCCGGCCAGUCCAAACCACAACUGCGGGUCCGGACCUCGCCGGAGAAAUGGCGGCGGCGCUCGCGGCUGCCUCGAUCGUCUUCCGAUCGGACAACGCCGCCUACUCCGGCAAACUCAUCAAAGGCGCCAAGACUCUCUUCGUCUUCGCAAGGGACUUCGGCCGGCGGGCGCGCUACUCCCGAGGCAAUCCCUACAUCGAGCCCUACUACAACUCGACGGGCUACUUCGACGAGUACAUGUGGGGUGCGGCGUGGCUGUACUACGCCACCGGAAACUCGAGUUACCUUUCCCUGGCGACGAAUCCUGGCCUGCCGAAGCAAUCCAAGGCUUUUUACAUGAUCCCGGAUUUGAGCGUUCUGAGUUGGGACAACAAGCUGCCGGCGGCGAUGCUGUUGCUCACCAGAAUGAGGAUAUUCCUCAAUCCGGGCUACCCCUACGAGGACAUGCUCCGGAGCUAUCACAAUGCCACGGCCCUCACCAUGUGUUCUUAUCUCCAGAGGUUUCGGGUCUUCAACUGGACUCAAGGCGGCUUGAUUCAGUUGAACCAUGGGAGAGGACAGGGUUUACAGUAUGUGGCAAAUGCAGCCUUCUUGGCAUCUCUUUUUGUUGAUUACAUGAAGGCCACUGAUAUUCCUGGCUGGAACUGCGGCCCCACUUUUAUACCAUUGCAAGAUCUCCACAGUUUUGCCACCUCCCAGAUUGAUUAUAUCCUUGGUAAGAACCCCAUGAACAUGAGCUACGUAGUGGGCAACGGCAACAAGUUCCCGACGCACGUGCAUCAUCGGGCGGCAUCGAUUCCCCACGACGGCAAAAAGUACUCUUGCACCGGCGGGUGGCGUUGGCGCGACACCCGCAGCUCCAAUCCCAACACCAUCACCGGCGCCAUGGUCGGAGGCCCCGACCGCUUUGACAAGUUCCAAGAUGUCCGCAGCAAUUACAGCUACACCGAGCCCACCCUUGCCGGAAAUGCUGGCUUGGUCGCUGCUCUGGCGUCGCUCACCGCCACCGGCGGCCUUGGCAUUGACAAGAACGCGAUCUUCUCCGCUAUCCCGCCGCUGCAUCCGCCGAGCCCCCCGGCACCGCCGCCGUGGAAACCCUGAAUUCUCUGCCUCUCGCCCCCUGCUUGUCUGUAAAAAGACUCGUAAGUUCAUUGAUAAAGACCCCCCCGCGCGCGCCCACACACACACACACAUAUAUAUAUCUAUAUGUUUAGAUGAGAUCUCACAUGUGCGCCGGCCGCGAAUCUCGAUUUGUUGGACCAUAUGGCAUUCACAAUUUUAUUUUCAAGUACUAUCAAUUUAACUUUAUUUUUAUUUGAUUUGACA